AUGGGAGCCGGAAUCCCUUACGACCAGCUCGCGAUGCCCGGCAUUAGCAUCACGGCGCUGACCGAACCGGUCUCCAUCGUCCAUAUCCCAGUCGCCGCCGUCGACGCAUACGUGACCAAGCUCUUCUGGACGAUCGACCGGGCCAGCGAGCACUCGAGCGAGUUCUUCAACCUCACAUCGAACCGAAUCGAGAUCGCAUUGUUCGCAGCGACUGACCUUGUCAUUGCCGAAUGGGGUUCUGUAUACAACGCCGCUGUGUGCAUCAACGGCCCGUGGCGCGUCUUUGAGAUCUCGUCGCCGGACAGCAACGACGAGUCCAACUAUGAUUCGCCGCAUCUUCGUUACGUGUCCGCACCGCUGGCGGAAGCAGGCGUCACAAUACUGUACCAGUCGAGCUACCAGACCGACUUUCUGCUUGUGAAAGCCGUCGACUUUGAGCUUGCAUCAAGGGUGUUUGCGGCCCGCGGAUGGCAUGUCGACCCCAACCAGCGCUCUGUUCGCCGACGUUCGGCGCUGUCGUCGGGCGGCACACCAACAGAGUACCCUCCCAUCCCUCCGCCCGUACUCGUACCGCCGCCGCCGCCCGUCGCCGAGAUCACGGUACUCUCGGCGCCUCUGGCGUGUGUGGGCUUGUCAAAGGACAUUGAGGCACAGUCCAUCGACCGCGUGAAAAAGUACCUGGUAUGGCCUGAGCGCGCGCUAGCUGCGACCCAGGAGCAGCAACAGCAGCAGCGAGAGCGCGCCAGUACCAUGGGCGAACGUGCUGAGGGGACUCUGUCACCUCCGCCCAUGUCCCGGCGUCGCUCGUCGGCUGAACGCCGAACCAACCGACCUUUUAUCAGUUACACGCGGACCGAGGAGCAUGGCUCGAGCGUCUUGACCGAGGUCCGCGUCAUUCGGUGCAUGUUCACCCCGGAAGAGCUGGAACAGCUCCUGAGCACCGACGAGUUGGACCGGCAGAGUGGCGGCGAGUUUACCGACGAGUCGGAUGAGGAGACAUCCGAGCCCAUGUCCCCCAUGUACCUCUCGUCGCCACGCACCAACCACUCGUUGCCGGGGACACCCAUCGUCGGGUCGUUUGGCCCCAGUAAAGCCCCCGUCCCACUUCACUGGGCGAGCAUGUCGACCUCUCCCACGUCCACGCCCACAACACGGUACUUUGACCGCUUUGGGCCCAACCCGCCACCGCCCGUGGGUCUCACGUCCAUGGUCAACGCGUACGCAACCCACUCGCGGACCAACAGCGAGAGCAUUGUGCGUCGCCUGAACGGCAGCAACCCCCAUGCGCGGCGCGCAAGCGACGGUGCGCUGCUCAUGGAAGCGUUUAUAAACCCGGACCAUACGCCCAACGCGCACGCGGCGCUGUGCCACGACAACGACUCGCCCGAACGCGGGUCACGCGGGUCACGCGGGUCGCGCGGCUCCAUGUCCGACCGCAACUCUACUCCCCUUGCUGUUGUUGACGAGCGCGAGCGCGAGCCCGGACGCACGAUGCGCUGUCUCCAGCUCGACCUGCGCGGCCUCAGCGAGACGGACGACGCGGGCCUCGGCGAGGAAUCGACCGUGGCGCCCAUGUCGUUCAUCCUGGGCCAGACGCACGCCGACACGUCGGGUCUCGUGACGCGCUUUUCCGAGCGGCUCCAGAACGGCGGGGUACGCAUGCUCUAUUCGUCCACGACGCACACGGCCAACAUCCUCGUCGAGGGCAAAGACGUCGACGUGGCGGAACGCUUGCUCCGCGUGAGCGACAACGACGACGGGUACGAGUAG